CAUAACUAGGGAUUGGUUUUGGAACACAACCUGGAUACUGAAGGAUGUGUAUCACACGUGUCGCCUGACAUUCGUCGACUCCGAUAAUCGCCUUUGAGCUUCCAUAUAGUAGACAUAUCAGCAGUCCAUUGAUCACUGUGCCCAGGGCGCGCACGUAAUUAGCCGCAUUUAGCCGUUGGUCGGUCGAUUGGAGGUGUAGACGACGCGACGCGACGUCGUACGCCUUUAUUAUGUACUAUCGAUGAAAAAGCUGAAGAAAAAAUUGGACAACGGCACAGGUACGUCGUCAGGAUCACCAUCGCAGCAGCAGCAGCAGGUGGUCGUCGGGAUGGCGGGCGGAUUGAACGUGAAUGCGACGGACACUUCCGAGUCCGCGAGCCGGAUCUGUAGGGACUUCUUGAGGAACGUCUGCCAUCGGGGCAAACGUUGCAAAUAUCUACACGAGCGAUCCGAGGACGAUCCAGUGGAGGAGUACACCUUCUGCCACGAUUUCCAGAAUGGCAUGUGCAACUGGCCGGGCUGCAAGUUCCUCCACUGCACGGAGAGCGAAGAGAAGCGCUUUCGGGCGACUGGCGAGCUACCGCCCCAUGUUCUCAACCGACCCAAGACUGGCAACGGCGACAAGUCGGACUAUCCUUUGUGCAAGGAUUUCAUUAAGGGUAGCUGCCAACGGGCGAACUGUAAGUUCAGGCAUUGGAAGAAGGAGGAGCCGCAGCAUAACUUAAUAUCACCAUCUCAUCACAACGCGUCCAGGCCGCAGCAUAACUUCAAUGGCACCAGCAAUGGCGGUGGCGCCGGCGCCGAUGGUCGCAGAUAUGAGGAGGAUAGAAACUUUCAUUGGCAAAUAGAGGAUCAACAUAACAAUUUGGUGACCAACAACGGUUACAACACGUCAUCGCAUCCGGCCGAUUACAUGGGACCGCCGGAACCGAAAAGACGAAUAGUAUCGGGCGAGACAGUCGUCCACUUCGAGGCGUCUCCGCUUAUGGGUCAGCACGCUACCCAACCCACUGUCACGUCUGGUUACUAUUACCCCGUGAUAAGUAACGAGGCACGUGCGCUCGUGCUUGAAGAUGAAAACACAUUUUUGAGGAAGAAGAUAGAGGAUUUGAAGAAGCAGGUCAGCGACCUGACGGCGACGAAUGAAUUCCUGUUGGACCAAAACGCACAGCUGAGAAUGUCGGGCAAGCGGACGAACGUCACCGCGGUAACGGUGCCGGCGGUCACAAUCACAAACACAGUGCCGCCGUCGCAAGCACCGACGCCUCAGCAAAUGGUGAACGCGGCGGUUGCGGCGGGCACCCUUCGCACCGUCGCUGCCAGUGUGGCUACCGUUCCGGUGAGCAUCGGUACCGUGGCACCAGUCUCCAUGGCAGCGGUCUCCAUGGCACCGGUCUCGAUGCCGCCGCCCAUCGUCACCAUGGCACAGCAGACUAUCUCGAUGAGCGGCUCCGGGCCUCAAGCGACUAAUCAACAACCGCCUAAUACACAACAACCCGCUAGCUUACCUCUAUCAAUAUCCGCCGCAACUGCGCCCCUCGUCUCUUAUCCUAUCAUGUCUCAAGAGCUCAGGCCUGUUCUGCAAUAGGUCACCGUCGCGAGACUUGGAAGAAUACUCGGGUUGGGAUAAAACAUCGAUACAUGCAUACGAUACCUCUUUGCUGUCAUGGAUGACUCGAGGAUGCAAUGUGUAGAUUUAUCUGCCGACUAUAUGUAUUUCCUUCGUGUCUACGUUCUAUCUCGUAUCUCUCGAUGCGACUGGUCGAUAGCACCACGGAGGAUGGAAAUAUAUCUCUAGAUCAAACGUUAAAAGUCUAUCCAGUGUAGGUAAGAUAAUCUAUCUAUCCAGUCUAGAGACAUUGAAAGGUCUAUCCAGACAAAUGUGCAUGAUCGCGUAAAGCAUAUGCGCGAGGAAAUCGACUAAUAAUCAUGAUCGGUGUAGUAUAUAAAAGGAUGCUUUUUACAUUAAACACACAAUCGAUCGGUUUCCUUGUGUAUACGUUAUACAACGUAAAUUUGUCUGAAUAGACAAUUCAACAAUUAAUGUUACACGAAGUCCGAUAGAAUGUCAUGAAGGAAACAAACGCCAAUUGUUCAAUUUAAAAACAGGAUCUUUUAGCCGAGACAUCGGCUACCUUUGUCCGUCGACAAUAGGAAUCGAGAAUACGAUAUCUGUACACGCGAUAUAUUUAUCUUGUCCGGAAAGAGAAGCGUUUCUUUCCUCUGUGAAUAAUGUCUUGGAGGCAUAAAGAUCGAUAAUACGGUAAAUAUCCGUCGGCAACGCGCAUCGGCGGUUAUGUGUGUCCAAAGUGUGUAUAGUUGUAGAAAUAAUAGAAGCGACAAUCUGUAAUCAUGCAAGAUAUCUGUAUCAUGACAUUACGUUCUUUUGCAUUUUCUUUUCUCUUUUUUUUUUUUUUGUUUAGUGUCAUGUGUAAUUUUAUUUUUAAGCUUUCAUUUUCGCGUAAAGCUUAAAACUUACAUAUAUGUUUACUCAAAUAAGCAGAUGAGAGUCAUCAUAAAAUUGUAAAGUAAGAAAAGGUCUAAGUAGAGAAAGUUCGUUCAAUACGUUAGGUUAAUACGUUAACAUAUAAGCAUAAAGUAAAAUAAAAUAUAUGAAUUUAACAUGUUAAGAAAGAGAGUGUAUAAAAAAAAGAAGAUGGUUCGGCGCCGUUUUAAGCUAGUCUGAUGAAACGUCGUUGUACCGUGCUGUAUGCAAUGUUGUAUAUAGUAUCUCGUUACUCUUAUUUAUUCGAGAAAAAUUUUAUACUCCUACUUGUAACGAGAAAAUUGUAUGGUAAUUUACGCUAUAGUGAUAUUUCGAUCAGUUAAGUACUUAUAUACGGAUACAUAUAUGCACCGGUGUGUAUUAUUUAAGCGGGAAGCACACACUCUUGCAUAAAGACAUAAUGCACACGCAUAAGAAAAUUGACCAAUCAGAAUCCUCAUUUCUAUUGCUACGAUGAAAAUGAAGGACUCUGAUUGGUCAAUUUUCUUAUGCGUUAUGCUUUUAUGCAAGAGUGUGUGCUUCCCGCUUUACAGUUGAAUACGUUAUUUGGCAUAGUGGACUAUUUGGAAUACAAUUUAAUAGUUGAUUGAGUACUUAUUAACUGUUUUCUAUUAUAUCUAUUAUACAACAUUGAUGUGCAUUAUUUGCAGUUUAUACAGUUUACUAUUAUUAUUGAUAUGUUGGGACUAUAAUUAUCAUAGUUGCAAGAUAUCUUCCAUUCUCCAGGAUAUUUUUAUUGUCAUUUUUAUUAUAUGAUAAGGUUGUUAUGAUAAGAUUGUGGUUCUACCCUAAAAUUAUCAAAGAUUGUAGCCUAAAUCUUUGUCAAUUGUGGUAGAACCACAACCUUUUCAUAUAGCAAUAAAAAUGACAAUAGAAAUGUCCUAGACAAUAAAAGGUAUCUCGCAACUAUGAAAAUUAUACUCCCAACAUGUCAAUAAUAAACUGUGUAAACUGCAAAUAAUGCAAAUCAGUGUUAUGUAAUAGAUAUAAUAGAAAACAUAUAAUAGAAAAUUAAUUAGUACUCAAUUAACUAUCAAAUUGUCUUCCAAAGUCCAAUAUAUCAAAUAACGUAUUUAACUGUAAAUAAUACACAUCAGUGUACAUAUGUAUCAACUAUAAAAUUGACUUAUAUUACACACACAGUUUUUUUGCCAGUUUCUUUAAUUUACUUAAACAGGUGGUCAUCUCUCAUUUCUUUUCUAAGGAUAAUAGGGUAAAAGAAAUUAAAAAUUUACACUUAGCUCUGUACGUAAAUGCAUAAAUUAUACACACAUACACACACACACACAUGGUAUACAGGUCUAUGAAGAGUAUGUAAAUCAAGGGUACGUUUGACUUUUUGUCAUGUUAGUCACAAUUCGACACACCUGUAUAUAUCUUGCUAUAAUUAAGCAUAAGAAAUUGAGCACUAUGUACUCGUGUAUUUUAUAUAUGCAUACAUAUGUAUAAUCUUUUACGUAGAACUUUACGUUAAAGAGCGGAAUGUGGUUUUUACUCUUGAAUUCUUGCGAGUAUUGAAUGUGUGUACAUUACGUGAGGAAUGAAAUUAUAUGUGCAUUGAAAUUUUCGAUUUUCCAAGUAAUAAAAGCACACGUUAAAAAGGAAUACCAAUGUAUAAUAAUCUAAUGAAAGUCAGUAAUUAACAUUUUUAUUUUCAUAUCCAGUAGUAUAUAAUAAAUGCAACUAAUUAAAAAUUGACGCAUAUACACACGCAUACAUACGUAUCUUUAGUAUAUACGUAUCUUUAGUACAAAUCGUCAGUAAAAGAAAAGAAAGAGAGAAUCUAUUGUAUAAUGUUAUCCUUCUAAUUUAAUACAAGAUUCGUAUGUUUGAUCUUAUUUUCGUUGGAUGAUGCCUCAAAAUAUUAAUUUUUUGUCUAAUGAUUUUUACAUAUGCAUUAUCAUUAAUGCGCACAAGUACAUAUAUAGGUAAAAUCGCUGUACAUAUCGUUCGUUCGAUUUCUAGUUAUGUACCUAAAAGUAUUUUAUAAGCGAGCACAUAGUUAUGUAAACGGAAUAUAAUUACAAUUUGUACAGCUAUGA